GGCUGGCACCUUAGUGAGCCCAGCAGAGGGGCCGCCUCCGCCCGCACCUAGCCAGGAUGCUUCGUCGAGGCUAUAAGGCCUCUGAAAGGCGAAGACACUUGAGCGAGAGGCUCAGCUGGCACCAAGACCAGGCACUGAGUAGCAGCAUAUACCUCCUACGAGAGAUGGGCCCCACUGGCUUCCUGCUGAGGGAGGAGGAGCCGGAAUACCUGGAUUUCCGAGUUUUUCUAGGAAAUCCUCAUGUUUGUAACUGUUCCACAUUUCUGAAAGGAGAGGAACUUUGUAAGCAUAUCUGCUGGGUCUUGUUGAAAAAAUUCAAGCUUCCAAGGAACCAUGAAUCUGCUUUACAAUUGGGUCUUGGAGAAAGAGAGAUAAGUGACUUGCUUCGGGGGAUACAUCGAGUUCAAACUCCCCAACCAGGAACAAAUGACCACAAUGAACAUGUUGAAGAAGAUGGGUACAUUAAACAGAAGGAAAUUGAUUCCGAGGAUAUCUGCUCUAUUUGUCAAGAGCUACUUUUAGAGAAAAAGCUUCCUGUCACCUUUUGCAGGUUUGGCUGUGGCAAUAGUAUCCAUAUAAAAUGCAUGAAAAUCUUAGCUAAUUAUCAGAGUACAUCAAACACUUCCAUGUUGAAAUGUCCUCUGUGCAGGAAAGAGUUUGCACCAUUAAAACUUAUUUUGGAGGAGUUCAAAAACUCUAGCAAACUUGUAACUGCAGCAGAGAAAGAGAGACUGGACAAACACCUUGGAAUUCCCUGUAAUAACUGCAAACAAUUUCCAAUUGAGGGGAAAUGUUAUAAGUGUACCGAGUGCAUAGAAUAUCACUUAUGCCAGGAAUGUUUUGAUAGCUGCUGCCAUCUUUCCCACACGUUUACAUUUCGUGAGAAAAGAAACCAAAAAUGGAGAUCACUAGAAAAAAGAACAGAUGAAGCUGUAAAAUACAUAGAUACUAAAAAUGAGAUAGAAGAAAAGAUGUCACAUUUUCAAGAAAAGCAAGACCAAGUUUACACACCAAAACACGUUGUAAGAUCACUGCCUCUCCAACUGGUUACUAAGAAUAGUAAGCUUCUUGCUCCAGGCUACCAGUGUCUACUUUGUUUGAAGGCAUUUCAUCUUGGUCAACAUACAAGAUUGCUACCAUGUACACACAAGUUUCACAGGAAAUGUAUUGACAAUUGGUUAUUCCACAAGUGCAAUUCGUGCCCUAUUGAUGGACAAGUUAUAUAUAACCCUUUAACUUGGAAAAAUUCGGCAGUGAAUGGACAAGCACAUCAAUCUGUUUCAAACAGAGACAUCAUUCAUCUAUCAAAGCAGAAAGAACCAGAUCUUUUUAUUCCUGGUACUGGAUUAGUCUUAAAACAAAAUAGACUUGGAAUUUUACCUAGCAUACCUCAGUGUAAUUUUGAUAAAUUGAAUACACCUCAAAGCCCAAAAGAUGCCUGUGAGAAUAUACCAAUAGACAAUCUAUGCUCUAUCCAAUUAGAUAAUUCAAAUUCAAGAAAAGUAACCUAUGAAUGUAAAAUUAGCCAACAUUUUCCCAGAUACCUUCAAGAUUUACCCAUGGUAUCAUUUGGGAAAAUACCAUCUCAAACAUUUCUUCCCCCUAUUGUUCAUAAGAAUAUCGUAUGUCCCACUGCAAUGGAAAGUCCAUGCAUCCGUGGAAAAUACCACACUAGUCAAAACUGGAUGACCAAAGGCUGUACAUGUAAUAACCACAACCUAAAGAAGACUCCUGGCACUAAAAUAAGAGAGGACAAUAAGAGAUCAACUUUACUUUCAGAGGAUUUCAAUCUUAUUGUCAAUUGGAGCACAGCUAAACUUAGUUUGUCUAAAAGGUAUAAUAACUGUAUGGGGGAAAUUACACGAAAAUGUAGUCAUCUGUCAAGACAGCCUGUGUCUCACUCUGUAAAUACAAAAGGUACUGAGCUACCUUUAAUAAUAGAAGGAGUUCAAAUAUGAAAAAGUAUUUUUAUUUACUAUUAGAAAAUAUUUGAAUGUUGAGCAUAAAAACUGUUUUAUAUAGAACAUAAAAAGCACAUAUAGUCUUGACAAAUGUAUAUAAAAUUAUCUCUUGGAAUUUGCCUACUUACCUAUAAACAGCUCACUACACUUAAA